GACCUCCCAGCCACGCCCGUCACUGCGGCGCCCAGUCGGCCCCCAGGCCCCUGCCCGGGGGCGCGCGCACGCACUCGCCGGCGCGCACGCACUGCGGGCGUGCGUACACGCCCGGAAGGAACGCUGAGCCGCAGGGCCCAGUACCCGUCGGCCCCAAGAUGUCGUACAUGCUCCCGCACCUGCACAAUGGCUGGCAAGUGGAUCAGGCCAUCCUCUCGGAAGAAGACCGCGUGGUCGUCAUUCGGUUUGGACACGACUGGGACCCUACUUGUAUGAAGAUGGACGAGGUUCUGUACAGCAUAGCUGAAAAGGUAACGCAGCCCCGCCUCACAACGCGUCCCGCCUUCCGUUUGGUCAUUUCAUCGUGUUGGAUUGCUUUGCCGGUUAAAAAUUUCGCAGUUAUUUAUCUUGUGGAUAUUACAGAAGUACCUGACUUCAACAAAAUGUAUGAGUUAUACGAUCCGUGCACUGUCAUGUUUUUCUUCAGGAACAAGCACAUCAUGAUCGACCUGGGCACUGGCAACAACAACAAGAUCAACUGGGCCAUGGAAGACAAGCAGGAGAUGAUCGACAUCAUUGAGACGGUGUACCGGGGGGCCCGGAAGGGCCGCGGCCUGGUCGUGUCCCCGAAGGACUACUCCACCAAGUACAGAUACUGAGCCCCCGUCCAGUCCUGGUGCAUGCAGUGCCGUGGGGUCGUUCUCACGCGGAAACAUUUUCAACUAUUUAACGCCUGUGAGAAAGCAUUUGGGAAAGUACACAGAGCUCAAGGAGCUGGAGGGUUCUGCAGUGAGGGUGGCAUUGCCUCAACUUUCAGUCUGCCUGGUCCUUGUAUUUUUGUAUCAGCAAAUAUCUGUAAAUAUCUAGCUGAAAUAAA